AUGUCGACGCUGGCCCCCCUGCGUCUGCUGCGUGAGCCCUGGAACGCCAGCGAGGGCAACCAGAGCAACGCCACGGCCGGUGCCAGCAGCCCCUGGUGCCAGGGGCUCAACAUCCCCAACGAGCUCUUCCUCAUGCUGGGGCUGGUGAGCCUGGUGGAGAACCUGCUGGUGGUGGCUGCCAUCCUGAAGAACAGGAACCUGCACUCGCCCACGUACUACUUCAUCUGCUGCCUGGCCGUCUCUGACAUGCUGGUGAGCGUCAGCAACCUGGUGGAGACACUCUUCAUGCUGCUGAUGGAGCACGGUGUGCUGGUGAUCCACGCCAGCAUCGUCCGCCACAUGGAUAAUGUCAUUGACAUGCUCAUCUGCAGCUCCAUCGUGUCGUCCCUCUCCUUCCUGGGGGUCAUCGCCGUGGACCGCUACAUCACCAUCUUCUACGCCCUGCGCUACCACAGCAUCAUGACACUGCAACGGGCCGUGGUGACCAUGGCCAGUGUCUGGCUGGCCAGCACCGUCUCCAGCACCAUCUUCAUCACCUACUACCGCAACAACGCCAUCCUCCUCUGCCUCAUCGGCUUCUUCCUCUUCAUGCUGGUCCUCAUGCUGGUGCUCUACAUCCACAUGUUCACCCUGGCCCGCCACCACCUCUGCAGCAUCUCCAGCCAGCAGAAGCAGCCCACCAUCUACCGCAGCAGCAGCCUGAAGGGAGCCAUCACGCUCACCAUCCUCCUGGGCGUCUUCUUCAUCUGCUGGGGGCCAUUCUUCUUCCACCUCAUCCUCAUCGUCACCUGCCCCACAAACCCCUUCUGCACCUGCUUCUUCAGCUACUUCAACCUCUUCCUCAUCCUCAUCAUCUGCAACUCGGUGGUCGACCCCCUCAUCUAUGUCUUCCGGAGCCAGGAGCUCCGGCGGACGCUGCGGGAGGUGGUGCUGUGCUCCUGGCUCGUGGGCUGUUGCGGCGCUGCGGCGGCGGCCGCCGAUUGGCUGGGGGACGGCGGUGACGUCAGCGCCCGGCCCGGUGCGGCGCGAGGCGCCUAUAAAGGAGGCGGCGGCGGCAGGGCCGCCCCCCGCGCUCCCCGGUGCCGCUCCGCUCCUGUUCCUGCUCCCGGUCCCGGUCCCAGUCCCGCUCCCGUCCCGCUCCGGCCCGGCAGCACCAUGAGGGAGAUCGUCCACAUCCAGGCGGGGCAAUGCGGCAACCAGAUCGGCGCCAAGUUCUGGGAGGUGAUCAGCGACGAGCACGGCAUCGACCCCAGCGGCAACUACGUGGGUGACUCCGACCUGCAGCUGGAGCGCAUCAGCGUCUACUACAAUGAGGCCUCCUCUCACAAGUACGUGCCUCGCGCCAUCCUGGUGGACCUGGAGCCGGGGACGAUGGACAGCGUGCGCUCGGGCGCCUUCGGACACCUCUUCCGCCCCGACAACUUCAUCUUCGGGCAGAGUGGGGCUGGGAACAACUGGGCCAAGGGACACUACACGGAGGGGGCUGAGCUGGUGGACUCGGUGCUGGACGUGGUACGGAAGGAAUGUGAGAACUGCGACUGCCUGCAGGGCUUCCAGCUGACCCACUCGCUGGGCGGGGGCACCGGCUCCGGCAUGGGCACCCUCCUCAUCAGCAAGGUGCGGGAGGAGUAUCCCGACCGCAUCAUGAACACUUUCAGCGUGGUGCCGUCCCCCAAGGUGUCGGACACGGUGGUGGAGCCCUACAAUGCCACGCUCUCCAUCCACCAGCUGGUGGAGAACACAGAUGAGACCUACUGCAUCGAUAACGAAGCUCUCUACGACAUCUGCUUCCGCACCCUCAAGCUGGCCACUCCCACCUAUGGCGACCUCAACCACCUCGUCUCAGCCACCAUGAGUGGUGUCACCACCUCCCUCCGCUUCCCCGGCCAACUCAAUGCCGACCUCCGCAAGUUGGCGGUCAACAUGGUGCCCUUCCCGCGUCUCCACUUCUUCAUGCCAGGCUUCGCCCCGCUGACGGCCCGUGGCAGCCAGCAGUACCGUGCCCUCACUGUCCCCGAGCUCACCCAGCAGAUGUUUGAUGCCAAGAACAUGAUGGCUGCCUGUGACCCCCGCCAUGGCCGCUACCUCACCGUGGCCACCGUCUUCCGGGGCCGCAUGUCCAUGAAGGAGGUGGACGAGCAGAUGUUGGCCAUCCAGAGCAAGAACAGCUCCUACUUCGUGGAGUGGAUCCCCAACAACGUCAAGGUGGCCGUCUGCGACAUCCCUCCCCGGGGGCUGAAGAUGUCCUCCACCUUCAUCGGCAACAGCACGGCCAUCCAGGAGCUCUUCAAGCGCAUCUCGGAGCAGUUCACAGCCAUGUUCCGCCGCAAGGCCUUCCUCCACUGGUACACGGGCGAGGGGAUGGACGAGAUGGAGUUCACCGAGGCCGAGAGCAACAUGAACGACCUGGUGUCCGAGUACCAGCAGUACCAGGACGCCACGGCCGAGGAGGAGGGCGAGAUGUACGAGGACGACGAGGAGGAGUCGGAGGCGCAGGGCGCCAAGUGAUGCCCGACGCACCCCCCCCUGCCGCCCGCAGCCCCUCCGGCUUCGCGCUGCCGCCCCGGCUGGGCUCCCCCCACGCGCGUCCUUUCAGUGUCUCCUGACCCUGUCCCCCCCUGAGCCGGCUCGGCCCCCCCUUUCCCCCCCCCGCCUCCCCCCUUUUCGUUUUUUACUGGUUCGUGUCUAUUAUUUUUUUUGAAUACUU